AUGGAAACGAGAACAACAGUAGAAGUACAAUUGGUAAUGGAGGAAGAUCCGGAGAUAUUGGAUAUCACUGAUACAAUUUCGGAAAUGAAAAUUACUGAUGAUAAACAAUCAAGAAACUUAAAGGACGAAGCAGUGAAUAUUUAUAAAAGUGAAUAUCUGAAUAUUUCUCCAGGAGGCGAAGCUGCGAAUAUUGAACAAUCAAAAAACCUCGAUGAUGACGAGGAAAUGUCUGGACCUGAUCAGGAUCAGGAUCAAGCACAUCCUGCAUACAUUCCGCGCAUAGGACAAUUUUUCAUGCAUGAUACUCGUGAAACUGGUGAGAAAACUACGCUAUAUCCGUUGUCGCGUGCUGAUUGCAAGUGGAGACAUGAUUUAUAUAAUGAGACUGAUCAGAUACCAUUGUCCGAUCGAGAAUUUGCCAAGAAAUACGGUGUAGAUCGGGAAGGAAAUCCUGUCUCUUCAGAAUUGUUUUCGGCUUCCCAGCGGGAUAAACGUAGUACGAAGCAGAUUAGGAGCUGGACACCAACAAACGCAACACGUCGUUCUACAAAAACGCACAGGAUUCAUGGUCAUGGGAGUGAUGAUAAAUACAAAAAGAAAAGUCUAGAAAAGCGAAGAAGCGACAGUCGCUUGCUAGCAACUGGUAAAACAACUGAUUAUAGUGAUUGGAAAAAUCAAGAGUUAAUUGAAGGUAAAGAAGCAGAAAGAAAGAGUGAUACAAACAGCGCAGAUCAAAGUAAUGCGAAAUCGAAGAUACGUCUUGGUAAACGCUAUUCAACACAGCGGCCAAUAAAAUCGGUUGAGAAUUUUCAUAGUGUUCAAGAAUGGUCUGGUGACACAGCGGUAGGCUUGAGAACAUAGAUUGUUGAAAUGGCUAAGCGAACGAAGAAGGUUGGCAUAGUGGGAAAGUAUGGAACUCGCUAUGGUGCUUCACUGAGGAAGACUGUUAAAAAGAUGGAGGUAACUCAACAUUCUAAAUAUACAUGUGCUUUCUGUGGAAAGGAAUCGAUGAAGCGGAAAUGUGUUGGCAUUUGGAAAUGCUCAAAAUGUAAUAAGGUAGUUGCUGGUGGUGCUUACGUCUACAGCACAACUGCAGCAGCCACCGUGAGAAGUACCAUUAGGCGUUUACGAGAAGCUAAAGAAUGA